CCCUGCGCCUCCAGCCCUGAGAGCCAAAUGCCUGACCCACCGGCCCUCCUCAGGAACAUGACAUCAGCCUUUGAGAGGGUGGUCAAGAGUAUAGUCCAGGAGCUGGACCACAGCAGGGAGCUCAUCCCUGUAGACAGCCUGCGGAGCUCCACCAGCUUCCAGCUCUACUGCCUGUUGAGCAGGAAGUGCUCAAGUUCAUGGUUCUGGAAACGCCGCUUUGUGUGUCUCAACCUGUCCAUCAAGGAUAUCCUGGAACCUGAUGCACCGGAACCAGCUGUGGAGCCCGAUGGCCCCUUCCAUUUCCACGACGCCAUGGACGGGCAGCUGAAGGGCAGUGUGGAGCUCACAGCCGCAGGGCAGGGGCGGUUUGCAGGCGAAGCUGCAGUGUCUGGAAGCUCCAGUGCCUCAAUGAAUGUGUGCAUGCUCCGAGUGGCCCCCAACACUUGGGACGUCAUGCACCAAGAGAGGCGGCUGCGGCAGCCCGAACACAAGGUCCUGCAGCAGCUGCGGCACCGUGGGGACAACGUGUUUGUGGUGACGGAGGUGCUGCAGAUGCAAACGGAGGUGGAGGUCACCCGGACCCACAGGCACGAGGGCUCGGGCCAGUUUGCCCUGCCUGGAGCUGUGUGCUUGCAGGGCAAGGGCCAGGGCCACCUGAGCAGGAAGAAGACGGUUACCAUACCCUCAGGCAGCAUCCUUGCAUUCCAGGUGGCCCAGCUGGUUAUUGGCUCUGACUGGGAUAUCCUCCUCUUCCCCGACAAGAAGCAGAAGACCUUCAAGCCACCCCAGGAGGCGUCCUUCCAUAGUGACCUCGGGAUCCUGUCAGAUGGGACCUACAAGGACUGGUUGGCAGCCACUGAAUUCCAGGGCCUGAAGGCAGAGGUCGAGUGCCAGGCCAAGGGCCUGGAGAGCUUGUCCAAGGAGGUGUCCAGGCAGCUGCUGGGGGGCCUGAGGCAGGUGCUGAGGGAAGAGCUGGCCCUGCAAGUCCUGCAGGAGUCGCUGGAACAGGGCCUGUGCUGUGGGAGGAUGGAGCCUCCGGAUGGGCCCGCAGGCAUUAUCCUCGAGUGCCUGGUGCUGUCCUCCGGAGAGCUAGAGAAAGAACUCGCCGGCCCCAUCCUCUACCUGCUGGAAGCACUGGAUGUGCUGAAUGAAACCCAGCAUAUGCUGCUGGCCGAGGAGCUGCAGGCAGGGGCCCUGCCUGGGCAGGUCAAGCUGGUGGGGAGCCUUCUGGAGCAGAGCAGCCCCUGGCAGGAACACAGGGCCAUAUACCUGCUGCCCAAGUUCCUGGGGAGCAGCUGGGGCUCAGAGGGGCCCGCCUGGGUCCUGCUGGAGGAGUGUGGCCUAGAGCUGCAGGUGGGCGCCCCCCAGGUGUUCUGGGAACCGGAGGCCCAAGGCCGCACAUGUGCACUCUAUGCCUGCCUGUCGCUGCUGUUGGAGCUGAGCUACCUCUGCUAGAUGGCACACCUGGGCAGCUCUCCA